CUAAGCGCUCGCCUGCUAGUGCGCAUGUGCAGGUUGCUCAUCGGGAAUGCGCAUUAAUGAGGGAUGGAGAGCUUAUUGAAGAAGGAGUUAAACACCUCAACCCUGAAGACGGCAGGGCACGCAGGGGGUGGGUGCAUCAGCGAGGGACAAACUUACGAGACCGACCACGGGCGAGUGUUCGUGAAAAUCAACCAUAAGAAUGAGGCACACAGAAUGUUUGAUGGUGAGCUGGCAAGUCUAGAUGCCAUCUUGAAAACCAGCACAGUCAAGGUGCCCAAACCCAUUAAAGUGAUUGACCUUUCUCCUGGAGGAGCAGCAUUUGUCAUGGAGCAUUUGGACAUGAGGAGUCUUAAUAGACAUUCAGCUAAGCUUGGGGAACAACUAGCUGACCUGCACCUUCACAACCUGAGGCUCAAGCAGAAGCUUCAGAAAGGAGAACAAACUGUCGGGCAAGGCCCGGGACAGUCCCAGUUGCAGCAUACAGACGAGUUUGGGUUCCACACAGUUACGUGCUGUGGGUAUAUUCCCCAGGUGAAUGACUGGCAUAGUGACUGGGUCACGUUUUUCACUCAACAUCGCAUUCAGCAUCAGCUUAACCUCAUUGAGAAGGACUAUGGGGACCAACAAGCAAGGGAGCUCUGGAGUGAACUGCAGCUCAGAAUCCCUGAAUUGUUCCAAGAUGUGGAAAUCGUUCCAGCCUUGCUACACGGUGACCUGUGGGGAGGCAAUGUUGCUGAAAAUGAAGCCGGUCCUAUCAUUUUUGACCCAGCUUCCUUCUAUGGUCACUCCGAGUUUGAACUGGCUAUUGCUGGGAUGUUUGGCGGCUUUAGCGGUUCUUUUUACUCUGCCUACCACAAGGCGAUUCCCAAGGCUCCUGGGUUUGAUAAACGCCUGAAAUUUUAUCAGCUCUUUCAUUAUCUGAACCACUGGAAUCACUUUGGCACCGGGUACAGAGGCUCUUCUCUCGGUGUCAUGAGGAGCUUGCUAAAGUAAAGCAGUAGGUAGCUCACAAAGAUUGGCGUAAGUAUGCUUAACUAAUACUGCUUCACUUCAUUGCAUUACGAUAAUACGCCGUAGGAGCCUGGCGUGAAUUGCAUAAGCAGAGAAUCCUAACCUGUGGAAAUUUCAGAGGAAUCCUUUUUGGUGACAUCUGAUGAUUCCACAGCAUCUUGUAUGGUAAAAAUGCUUGACUUGGAAACCUGUUAUGGUGUUUGUUCUGCACAGAACCAUCGGGCAUUUGCUCUGCUGUCUGAUAUUCCAGUCCCAUGUGUUCCUCUGGAAUUUACACCCAUAAUUUAUGUAUUUCAUUGUUAAUACUAAAGUACUUCCCUUCUGAUGUGCAUUUGGGAUUUUAGCAGGGUAGACCUCUGGGAAGGAAAAUGAAAUAUGUUGUGCUUGCAUUUGCAAGAAGAUUUGAACGUAGUAAUGAAACAUUUUGUGAAAUGAAAUUGAAAACGCACAGUAUCUGUGAAAAAGAACUGAAAACAAAAUAAAGAGCUAAUUAAAGAAA